CUUCCGGAUCCGGUGGCGGUCGCUGGGAGUGCAGAGGGCAGCGCUCGGCUGGCCGGCGGGCAGUGCGGCGGCCCGCGCGCGGCGGGCGAUGCUGGGGGGCGUCUCCGGGGCCCGGGAGCGCGAGGCGGAGGGCGACGGAGCCGGGGCUGUGCCUGCGCCGCCUGCCAUCGACUUCCCGGCCGAGGGCUCGGACCCCAAGUACGAUGAAUCUGACGUGCCAGCAGAACUCCAGGUGCUGAAAGGGCCUCUGCAGCAGCCGACCUUCCCUUUUGCAGUUGCAAACCAGCUCUUGCUGGUUUCUUUGCUGGAACACUUGAGCCAUGUGCACGAGCCCAACCCACUUCGCUCAAGACAGGUGUUUAAAUUACUUUGUCAGACCUUUAUCAAAAUGGGGCUGCUGUCGUCCUUCACUUGUAGUGAUGAGUUUAGCUCAUUGCGGCUACAUCACAACAGAGCUAUUACGCACUUAAUGAGGUCAGCCAGGGAGAGAGUCCGUCAGGGUCCUUGUGAGGAUAAUUCUCAUAUCCAGAAGACCAGAUCAAGGGAAGUAAGCUUUGAAGCACAAACUUCCCGCUACUUAAAUGAAUUUGAAGAACUUGCCACCUUAGGAAAAGGUGGAUAUGGCAGAGUAUACAAGGUCAGGAAUAAAUUAGAUGGUCAAUACUAUGCAAUUAAAAAAAUCCUGAUAAAGGGGGCAACUAAAACAGAUUGCAUGAAGGUGCUACGGGAAGUUAAGGUGCUGGCUGGUCUCCAGCAUCCUAAUAUUGUGGGCUAUCACACUGCCUGGAUAGAACAUGUGCACGUGGCCCAGAGGCAAGCAGAUAGAAUUUCUGUUCAGUUGCCAUCUCUGAAAGUGAUCGACCAGGACAACCACAGAGAUGGAUAUGAUGUUAAAAGUGAUGAAAGUAACAGCUCAUCUAUUGUCUUUGCCGAAUUCACCCCGGAGGAAGAAAAAUCCUUCGUUGAAUCGGGUGUGGACAGUGACAAGAACAGAGUGGUGGCCUGCACCGCCGGUUUAGUCCCGAGAAAUGCCAGUGAAUUUGAAUCGUCCCUUGAUUGCCAAGAAAAAGGCUUGUCUGAUGGGUCUUCCACUUCGAUCGGUGGCCCUCACCUGCCACUUCAGCAUCAUUCCAACCUGGAAGAGAAUUUCACCUCCACCGAGGAAUCUUCGGAAGAACACUUAGACUUGCUGGGGCACACAGAGGUGCAGUACCGCCUGAUGCUGCACAUCCAGAUGCAGCUGUGCGAGCUCUCGCUGUGGGACUGGAUCGCGGACAGGAACCAGCGGGGCCGGGAGAACGUGGACGAGUCCGCCUGUCCUUAUGUUAUGGCCAGUGUUGCAACAAAAAUUUUUCAAGAAUUGGUGGAAGGUGUGUUUUACAUACACAACAUGGGAAUUGUACAUAGAGAUCUAAAGCCCAGAAAUAUUUUUCUUCAUGGCCCCGAUCAGCAAGUGAAAAUUGGAGACUUUGGCCUGGCCUGCACAGACAUCAUACAGAAGAACACAGACUGGGCCAACGGAAAUGGGAAGAGAACGCCAACACACACCUCCAGAGUGGGCACUUGUCUGUAUGCGUCACCUGAGCAGUUGGAAGGCUCCGAGUAUGAUGCCAAGUCAGACAUGUACAGCCUGGGGGUCAUCCUGCUGGAGCUCUUCCAGCCGUUUGGAACAGAGAUGGAGCGAGCGCAGGUUCUCACAGGUUUGAGAAGCGGCCGGAUACCCGAGUCCCUCGGGAAAAGGUGCCCCGUCCAAGCCAAGUACAUCCAGCACCUGACCAGGAGAAACGCGUCCCAGAGGCCGUCUGCGCUUCAGCUGCUGCAGAGCGAACUUUUCCAAAAUUCUGGAAACGUUAAUCUCACCCUGCAGAUGAAGAUACUAGAGCAAGAGAAAGAAAUCGAAGACCUGAAGCAGCAGCUGCGCCUCCUCUCUCAGGACAGAGGGGUGGAGGAGGACGUGAGAGACGAGCGGGAGCCCGUCUAGCCCAGCGGGCUCUGUACAUAGGAAUGUGGACUUAUUACUCUUUAAGCUAAGUACUUAACUGGAAUGGACAUUUUCAGUCUUUUUUUUUUUUUUAAGGUGUAACUCUUAAUCCUAUUUAGGAAGCCCGAACAAGUCUUAGUAAAGUGGGUUUGGAAGUUCCCCCAAGCUGCUUUUUCCUAAGGAACUGUUUUCCGGCCACAUUCUGAACUUCCGACGGCUCUGGAGGUGACCUCCUCCGUUCUUGCCCUUCUCCGGAAUGUCUGACUCAACUGCCACCGGCCAGCCAGGCUCCGAAAGUCCUCUGGGAGGCCCUGCUGCAGACCUGGGUGUGCCCCACGCCCACGGCCGCCCAGGCCUGUGCACUAGCUGGGCUGCUCCAGGCUUGACAGCUGUUAACUCACCAACCUCCAGCUGCUGCCCGGUCAUUGCCGGGAAUGAACUGGCUCUGUGGCUGCUGCUGCAUCUCAGCACUGUGCGGCCUGCCUCCGGUCUCACCUUACCACUGUCCCCAGCCCACACCCCGUCAAAGCUUUGUGCGUCUGGUCCCGUUGAGCUCCAAGCAGCUCUGCCUUCAGCGUCCCUGCUCUUGUUCCCACGGCCCUUCCUCCAUCAGAGACUUGCCUCCCCCCAAACCUACCUUCCCCAGAGGCAGUGACGUGACACAUUCACCCCUAUGCCCCCAAAUGUACCUGCCAGGCAGCUGGCAGGGUGUGUUGCACACAGCGUUGGUGCAUGUUAAAUAAAAUGAAAACCACAGAGUGACUAUAGGAUGCUUUUAUUGAUACGUGACAGGUGGCCUAAGGACGUGGAGCACACGUCCCUUUAUCAGUCACAGGCACCAGAGAGCACCAUCCUCGACGGCAGUGACCGAGGCUCACCGAAGGAGCUGGAGGGCCGUGUGGAAAGGGGCCAGGUUUUCGCAGGCCCCCAUCCACUUCUGCACGCUGGCCGGCACCACCGCGCCGCAGGCCCCCGUCUGCCGGAGCGCGGACCACAGCACCACGUCGGCCACCGUGAGUUCGUUCCCAACGAGCCAGGGGCUCUUCCCGAGAGCAGAGUUCAUGGAGCGGAACACGGCGGCCUUUUCUUUACUGCUUCCCUCUUUGAGCUGAAAGACGGCUGUGUCCACCCAGCUGUCCAUGAGGGUCAGGCUCACGGCGUCCUGCUUCCGGCCAAAGAGCGAGAACAGGAAGCGGGCGAUGUUGCCUUCGCCUUCGAUGGGACACAUGGUCUGGACACUGAACUUCAUCUGCGUCUUGGGCACUGGAAGCAAACAGACCGCCGGAGAGUUUAUGGAGAGCUGCCCGGCGGGAGGGCGGCCCGCCAGCCACAGCCGGCGGCGGGGGAGAGUGUCUUUCUAGGAAAACUCCGUCCUCCGUCCGUCUCCCAAAGGUGAACCUUCAAGCACGUUUACGGAGGGUGUGUUUAAGCGGUGCACACUAGUUACAGAAUAACCAUCUCUGGUACUUGAUGAUGACAGUUUUCAGGUUAGAAGGGUCCUCAGACGGUCUGUCCCGAACCCUGGAAGACGACGACUGGAAGCAGGAGUCCCCGCUCCCAGGCGGGACCUCGUGCUGCCCUGGCCCUUGGGGAUGGGAACUGAGCCGGGCGAGGCACACAGCAGGGGGAUGACGGGUACAUGAUGUGCUGCCAUCCUUUCCAAGAUAGCGUCAGUGCCCCCGUGAUGGCAGCUUCGGCAAUGUGAGGGCCAGGUGGUUGUGACAGCCCUCCCUGCCCUGCCGGGGCUGCUGAGACAGGAUUCCCCUAGACCUGCUCUCAGCGGAGACCUUAACCUUCCCUCGGGGUCAAGACGCGUCUGCUCCCCUGGGAGCACCCGCCCACAAGCGAUCCGGCCUGACAGCCAACAGGUGAAGGGUCUGCGGGGCUGGGGACUGUCCCCCGCCCAGCGCCCGCUGCCUCCCGGUCCCGUCCCCGAGCCUUACUCCCCGAGCCUUACUCCCUCCGCUUACCGUCCUUCCAGAUCAGAGUGAAGCCCAGCUGGUACUCGUGCCGGGGCUGCUGCUUCUGCUCGCCGAAGCACUUGAGAAGGUGCGGCGGCACGCGCUGGACCGCCGAGUGCGUGUGGACCGCGGACAGCACCCUGUAGUGGUCACACAGCAGCCGGUGCAGCACGAGCAGGGACAGGGGGGGCGAGGCGGGGUUGGCGUUGAUCACGAUGUCCUUCAGGGCCCCGUAGUCCUGGUGACAACAGAGCGGGGGAUACCAGAGGCAGCCUGCGCGGACGCCGAAUCUGGCGCCCGGCUUUGACCCAAGCAGGCGAGUGCACUCCGGCCCCUACGGUCGUCCCACCGACAGCAGGGGACGGACGGGAGCCACCAGGGGCUCUCGGCUCAGGAAGAGGCGGAGCUGAGGCGGCAGCUCACUCCCACCCUGCACCCCUGCACAGCGGCUCCCAGAAACAAAAGGUGACUCCCCUGUCACAUCAGUACAACGCGUUUGGGGGGACACUUCCGCUUGCCCCUGAGUUAAGAAAAUUACACAUGCAGUUCCUCCGCCUACUAAACCUUCCUAACGCCUGACCGGAUGCAGCUUCUACAGCAACGUGUCUGAGUGACAGGACAGUGAGGAGCCUCCUGGGAAGGGUGCUGGCUCAGGGAGAGUCCAAAACACGAGGUGGUGAGCAUCGUGCCAGCACUCUCGGCCUCUAGAGACGCAGACGUGGUCUUACUUCUGUAACUUCCCUCUUCCCAAGGAAUGAGCUCAGAAUACAACGGAGGCCUAACUCCUUGGCUUUCUGCCCACAGCUUGCUGCGAUCUGACUGGCAGCCUCGCCACUCCUGCCGCCGCCCUUCGGCUGGAGCCACGCGGGGCGCUCUGCAGUUCUCGGAAUGUGUUAGGUGACACCAUGCCUUCUGCGGUGUCAAAAUUCACCUCAAGCACCGUGUACUCUGGGAGGUGCUCUGAACGCCCGGCAGAGCCGUGCCACCCACUCAUCAGACUGGCUCCCUGGGGGCCUGGCUGGGUGGGGUCCCGUUGGGCCCUGGGCGCAGGCAGGUGUGAACUGGAUGAUGGAAGAGGACGUGGGUGCAGAGGCGCCAGCGUUACCAAAAACAGCUCUGGGGGAGACACCGCAGUGUAGCCCCCCCUUGUUAGUCUGUAAGUAGGACCACUUCUCUCUCUUUUUUUUUUUGUCUUUUUAGGGCCGCACCCAUGGCACAUGGAGGUUCCCAGGCUACCGGGUCUAAUCGGAGCUAUAGCUGCAGGCCUAAGCAAUGCCAGAUCCUUAACCCACUGAGCAAGGCCGGGACGAACCCACAACCUCGGGGUUCCUAUCAGACUGUUUCUGCUGCGCCACCAUGGGAACUUCUUAGCAGGACCACUUCUAUCACCAGUUCGGGGCGGGGGGGGGAAGCAGGGAUUUUCGGGACAAACCCUCUCACCCCCAGUGGUAACGAGACAUUCUCUGCAGUCAGACUGUCCUCUACCUCAGGUGACGCCUGUACGCUGCUCUUAACAGCGGCUGGUGCAACCGCAUCUUAACACGGCAAACUGAAUUUAAGCAAAAUGCGUCUGAAGUAUGAAACUGUGGCUGGCCUUUAGCAAUAAACUGCAAAAAAGUCUGGCGGGAUUUUUGUGCCUGGGCAGCCAAAGCUCUGAAUCUCAGGCUUUUCUCAAGGAGUUAGGGGAGCGAACUACCCAAGAUCUGUUUCUCCAGGACCUGGAGGCCGAGGCAGCGGCCAGGCGUGGCAGGAAGUGGUGGCGCGACUCCCUCUUCUGCCUGAGGAGCCCCCUGUUCUUCCCUGGGCCCGAGAGACCAAGGAGCAGCGUUAGAGCUCGCCCGGCUUCUCCAAAGCUCACAAGCCUGUUCUGUGCAAGGGUGCAGUCGGUUAGAGGAGGAAAAAACAACACGCUUUUUGUACUGCCUCGUUCAACUCGAAGGCUCUAAUGACCCUGGUGGGAUUUCCGGCACAGGAACCACCGCGGUCACCGGAGUUCUUCGCCUUCCGUGAACCUACCUUUCCAAGCACAGAAUUCAGGUCGAACGCGCUGGUGGCUAAGGCGGCGGGCUCCUCGGCUUGGAUUAUGUUGGUCACAUCCAAGUCCGCGUCUGGCGUCUGAAUCAUCUUGGACAGACCAUCAACCGCAGCUUUCAGCUCGUACAGACGCUUCAAAAUAUCGUCCUGGCGGGACUCGAGAGCCUGAAGCGAUGGGUCAGCCGCUUCCUAAAUACACCAGAGUCAAACGUGCAUCUCCUCUCGCAUCAGGACAGUCUGUUUAAAGGUGACCCCGUGUCUUUUGCUCAGUUCCACGAAUUCAUCCAGCCUCCCACCUUUCCUAAGACAUUCAAAUGGGGCAGAAUCAUCUCCUCUCCCCAGACCAAGAGGCCCCGCAUCUCAGUCCCCAGGGGCUAUGAACCAAAAAAUGCUGCGACUGGAAGCCACUGUGAAAUUGAAGGUCUCCUGUUUCAGGUAAUUUAGUCUCUUAAGAAUACAGAAUGAAAGAAGAUCAACAUAAAUUGUUGUUGAUAUCAAACUCGUGCAAAAUACGUAGUAUAAAUGAGCAGAAAAAGA